AGCUCCACGCAGGUGAAGGACACCCUGCGUCUGAAGUCUGAGCGCAUAGAAGAGCUGGAGGAGGCCCUGAGAGAGAGCGUCCAGAUCACAGCAGAGCGAGAGAUGGUACUAGCUCAAGAGGAGGCUGCCCGGUGCCUCCAGGAGAAGCAGAUGGAGGAGCUGCUGGGGGCCAUGGAGAAGGUGAAGCAGGAGCUGGAGUCCAUGAGGGCUAAGCUGGCCUCCACCCAGCAGUCUCUGUGUGAGAAAGAGGCACACCUCUCCACCCUGCGGGCUGAGCGCAGGAAACACCUGGAGGAGGUGCUGGAGAUGAAACAGGAGGCGCUGUUGGCUGCUAUCAGCGAGAAGGACGCUAACAUUGCCCUGCUGGAGUUGUCCUCCUCUAAAAAGAAGAAGACCCAGGAUGAGGUGGCUCUGCUGAAGCGGGAGAAAGACAGACUUGUACAGCAGCUGAAGCAGCAGACUCAAAACAGAAUGAAACUGAUGGCAGACAACUAUGAGGACGACCAUCUGAAGACGGCCCCCGACCACACAAAUCACAAACCCUCUCCGGAUCAGAUGAUCGCCCCUCUUCUAGCCCUCUCCCAGAACCGCAGCAAGCUAAAGCUUUACAUCGCCCACCUGACAGACCUCUGCCACGACCGGGACCCCAGCAUCCUCAGCCAGCUCACGCCCCCUUCUCACUACCACCAAAACGACCCCGAAGACUGGGAGGAGGAGGUCCAGAAGAUGAGUGUAGAGCAGUUGGAGCGUGAACUUGAGGUGUGUGAGAAGGAGAGCGGCGAGCUGCAGGAGUACGCCAACUCUGUUCUCCAGCAGAUCGCCGAUUACUGCCCGGACAUCUUGGAGCAGGUGGUCAACGCCCUGGAGGAGUCAUGCUGACAACUCUGAACCUCAGACACAACCGGGGCUGAGCCCUGGUCUCUACAUGGACCUGUAGCUGAGCCCAGGAAGCCCCUACCUCCACUCGACGAUGCUCUUGGAAGGAUACGAGGACUUUUAUCAGACCCUACUGAGCUUCUCUGCCUCGCUCCUUUUUGUCCAUUCUGAAACAAAAACCCCUCGGACUCUAAAGUGCUUUCCUGUGUCAUUCAUCUCUGAUGUCGAGCUUGCAAAAAAAUAAAUUACAGAUGUGCUCAUUUCAGACAGGAACCGAGCAUACAAGAAGUUCAUGAAAAAGCCAGCUUAGAAACUCUAAAGCUGACUGAUUUAGCAUUUGUGAACUCUCCAAAUUGGAUUUCUUGUUCGUAGUAAAGUAAAAUAAAGUCUGGGACAGGUGCAUUAGAGGAGAGAGAGAGGGAAUUCAGAUAAAAAGAACCAAACUUCAGCACAAAGUCUUUGAGUAUACUGCCAUGCUUCCUCUCCCUAGAGGUCCUCACUCACUGCAGGAAGUGUAAGAUCAAGCACAGUUACCUCACUAACCUUUUAUCUCAGUCUCUGACCCCUUUAGUCUCUUCUCUCGCAGGUCUUUCAAGUCGAAACGGAAAACAGGAAGAAGCUUAUUCCUACACGGGGCGGGAAAGCACUUUUUUCAGUCGUAGAACCCAGGAGCACAGAGGGUAAAUCAUGAAGCCAUGUAGAGAUGCUUGCUGGUAUUUUAGGUAGCGUUCCACAACUAGGAGGCUUGAGUCACAGCUACUGGUGGCAGAUGGUGUGAACUCUUAGGAAAAGCCACUCUUAAAACCAAAUAAAUGCAGCGUUUUGUGUAAAUGUUUUCCUCUCCCAGGUCAAGGCUGUAGUCAGGAUUAGGUGGUAGGUACGUCUUUACUGUGUCCUGUGUGGCUAAGAGAGGGAUCGAGGUCGUGACCUUGGAUCAAAAAGUCAGCUUUUAGUUACACUUUGUUCUCAAAUGUGUGAGAGAGAGAGAGAGAGAGAGAGAAAACAGCUUUUAUUCUUGAUGACGUAUUAAUUUUUAGAUGGUUUUGCACAUGACGUCCACUUGUUUAUGAGGUAUGCAAUGUUUCAUUUUGAGAGCGUUCUAAGUGGCCUUGGAGCAUUCACAGAGAUAAGUACUGGACCUAUCACAGGGAUGUGGAUUUCUCUGUCAUACUGGUGCUAAGGCAUGAUGUUAAGGACUUUUAAUCUGAUCCGCUGAUCAUUCGGUUACAUCCAAAGUUUCUUAUAGGUGUUACUUUUUUAAGCCCACCUGACCUUUUAGUUUGUUGACUCAAUCUUAAAAAAAACAACUAGUAACUCCUUGUUGUUGUUUUUUUUUCUUGUCUUUUUUCAGAUCACUGAAAAAUAGCCAAGUUAUGCCUCUUGUUGUUUUUUUGUGAAAUCUUCAGGGCUGAGGUUUUUAAGUACUAAGUGCAACUACGUUAACAGGAAAUUUAAAGUCACUUUUGUGCGGAUUUUGACUUUUUAAAUCAGUUUGUAAAUAACGGGAUAUUUAACACGUACAGUGACUGAAUAAAGGUGAUUACGUGGAAGGUGUUGUGCAUUCUUUAAAAAAAAAAAAAGAAAAGUUAAAAGCAGUGCAGUUGUCUUUUGUGUCUAAUUUUGUCUGCAGGACAAAAUGUGUGUGUGUGUGACAGUACUGCCAUAAUUUGCAGAAAGUCAUGUUCUAUAGAGAUAUAUAUAUAUAAAAAUAUAAUACAUAUAUAUGAAAAUGUUUACUGUAUGGAUAUGCAUUGAAUGUUUGCACAGAAUCUCGAGGAGCACGCUGCUCUGAACAAAAAUGGCCGUGGAGUUCGUGUCCUCAGCACAAACUGAGCAGAGAAGUGUCAAAAAUCUUGUGUCAAAAAUAACGUGUGAACUACAAAAUGUUUUCAAACCGUGACUGUGUGAUGGGAGAGUACAGUUCUUGCAUUUAUUUCUAAUGGUCAUUUUUUAUGUUGUUUUCACCAUAUGGUGAUGUAAAUGUAUUAUCCUCCUGACAUUUCAGUGUUGUCUUUUCUUUAUGUCAAUGUUUUUGUUUUUUGUUGAUGUCAAUGGCAGCCUGAUGGAUAAAAAAUAGGUCUCCAACUCUCAUGGCUCUUCUGCCGUUCCAUCACAACAGAGUAAAACAAAACGGUAACAAACUGCGUCAGGGAGUGCUCUAACAAGUCUCCUUUGGGGGUUUAAUUUAGAUUAGUGCGUGGUUGGAGUAACAUUAGUUUUAAAAUAAAAACAAAACACAGACCUGUUUCCAGAGGAUGUUAGUUGGAUGCUUUUUUUGUGCUUGUUGUCUUUCAAACUUCUAAGUGAAGAUUAAUUUCUGUGUCCCUUUUAAACCCCCAAAACUUACACAGUUGGGUUCAAAAGAAGUGUUUUGUUCCCCUUACUUUGGCCUGUGUUCUCCCGCCCUCGCCUUAACGUCUCGUCAUCUCCUUUCACCACUCCUUAUUGAGGAACACAGAGCCGAUUCAGGGGCUUCUGUCAACUUCAUGCUAUUAAGUUUCUUUUUGUUUUGAAUUGGUAUGAGAAAUGUACUGCCUUCUGUCUGUUCGUGUUAAGAAUCAUAUUGUGUAAAAAAAGAAAGCUAAAACAGACAUGUUUGUGAGUUAUUUGGAUUUUGUAUGAAUGUAAAUAAAUAAAUUAUAAGCCUU